AUAAAUAUAUCCACCACAUCCCCUCUCCCUCUGCAAUCCACAGCACUCGGCGAGCUUCUGAGUGAAAAUGGGCCCCCUCACCCCCCUCGCCGCAGCCCUCUCCGUCGUAGCCACGGCCUCGGCCACAGCCUCCUCCUUCAACCUCCAAAGCAAUUGGGGCAAUCUUAGUCCCUACGCCCCCAGCCCGGGCUUCACUCUCCCCUCCGGAAACCCCAUCGGCUGUGAACUCACUCAAACGCACAUCCUCCACCGCCAUGCACAACGCUAUCCCACCUCAUACCUCCUGGAUGCCCUCAGCAUGGAAGCCUUUGCCGAAAAGCUCAAGAACUUUACGACCGCUCACCCCAACACUACCCUCGCCACGGGACCCUUAUCUUUCCUGAACCACUGGGAAUAUGUCAUGGGCACCGAGGAACUCCUCCCCACCGGCGCGGCCACGGAGGCUACCUCUGGUGCCUGGUUCUGGUCCAAGUACGGCCGGACCUUGUAUAAAGCGCCGGCGGGGAUGGCAGAUUGGAGUGACGAUUUGAAUGUGUUUCCGAAUGGGACGCAGAGGAAGAAGCCCAUGUUUCGGACGACGAGUCAGGCGAGAAUUCUCGAGAGUGCGCGGUGGUGGCUGAGUGGAUUCUUCAGCAACGUCGGCGCCAACAACUCCUACCCUCAAUACGACCUGGUGAUUAUCCCCGAAGGAGACGGAUACAACAACACUCUAUCGGGAUACUGUCCGGCGGCCACUUACCCUGGG